AAAUACAAAGAAGGAGAAAGAAGUUUUACUUUGUGCGUAGUAAAAUCGAUAUCAGUAUUGAAGGUGAAAGGAGGAAAAGGAAUUUCAACAUGGAGCAAACCCUGGAGACCAUCAGGAGUUAUUGUGAAGAUACUUUGAAGGAGGCAGCUGGGCUCUCCACGAGAGUAUUUCUGGUAUCCAACACACAUGCACACAUGUACGAAUUCCCUCUCCUGCGAGAGACAAUGGCCACCGAACUUCCUGAUUACAAGAAACACCUUUUAACCCUGGCUGUGCAUGUUUUCUCAGAAAAUAAUUUGAUGAAGAAAAAGAUUCACAUGAAUUCCUAUAUAAAGAAGUUAGCGAUAGUAUCUUGCAUUUGUGGAGCAGUGCCUGUUGUGGGUCUCUCUAUAAUUUGUGAUAUUGGAAUUCUGAUAGAUGCACUGAUAUGUUUCAGGUGGGUGUUUGCCUUAGACCAGGGGUCCCUCCAUUUUCUGGCACUACAGACGGGAAAAGGGUUUGAACAGCUGAGAUCAGGGAUCAAGAAAAGGCCAUUAGUCAAAAGAGUCAAUGCACAGCUAGUAUUUUUUCUCCUGAUGAAGUCUGCUCUCUGGGUAAUGCCAUCGUUUGUGAAAUAUCUGGGGACAUGUCUUCGUGUAACUGUGUCGGUUGUGGAAUUGCCUCUUUCUUUUAUACCUGUUAUCAGGUCUGUGUUUGGUGGAAUGAGUUCAUUUGCGGUCAUGUAUUAUUUUCAGAACAAAUUUCUCCACAAUGCGGUGGAAGAUGCCCAGAAUGUUCGAGAAAAGCUUCUUAAGUAAUCAAAGUCCCUCUGAAAGAUCCAGCCCUCUUUGAAAGAGAACAUUUCAUCCAAAUGAGAAGAGGAGGAAAAUAAUAAUAAUAUGCUUCAAUGCUUUAUUACAACUUUCUAUUUGGUUGCUUGUUAUUCUCCGAUUGAAGUAUGUGCUUAUCAGCCAAGGGGCAAAUAAAUCUCUUUGCCUGCAGAUGUCUCCAUGAGAAAUUAUAAACUAAGUAUUUAUCUAUGUUGUUUC